GGACAGUAUAAAAUUACAGAAGCAUAGUUUAAUUUCAGGUGUUUUUGUUUUUUUUCCUUCUUUGUGUCACGUGUUUCUGUGACGUUUUCAGCCGAAAGAGGAUGUAAAGCUAAACUAACAAAGCACGCCGCCUUCAAAAUAAAACUACAAGACGCUAGCGGCACGCAAGGCUUUAUAGGUUAGAGUAGGACGCUCCGCUUUUAUUUUGUAAACUAAAACCGGUAGUGGAUAUGACUGCGAAAUUGGGGCAGCGAAAAGGGUCGCUGCAACAGUGAGUGGGCAGUGAAUGAAAACUGUAAAACAUUACAGGCCCUGUCUGUUGCCACAAACAUGGCUCCAUGCUGAUGACCGAGCCCGGCUGUAGUAGCUGUCGUCCCGCCGUGCCUGUGUGAGUCGUGACGGGCUGAGUGCCAGCAUCAUGGCUUCCCCACGUCGCACAUCUGUCAAAGCGUCGGUUCUAACCACCGCUGUCCUGCUCCUGCUGUCACUCACCGCCGUCAGGUCCUCUCAAGGCGACAAGGAGCCGGUCUACCGGGACUGUGUGAAACAAUGUGUCCGGACCAACUGCACAGGAGCUCGGCUCCGCGUCUUCCAGUCUUCUCAGCCGCAGUACAUGGUGCUGACAGGUUGGACGUGCCGUGAUGACUGUCGCUAUCAGUGCAUGUGGUCCACUGUGGUCCUUUACCAGGCUGAGGGUUACGGAAUCCCACAGUUCCACGGCAAGUGGCCGUUCGCACGGUUUCUGUGCUUCGAGGAACCUGCUUCUGCACUGGCCUCUGUGCUCAAUGGUCUGGCUUGCCUCCUCAUGCUGCUGCGCUACCGUAGCACGGUGCCAAGACAGAGCCCCAUGUUCCACACAAUCAAUGCCUUCUCUCUGGUGUCGCUGAAUGCCUGGUUCUGGUCUGCGGUGUUUCACACUCGGGACACCUAUCUCACUGAGAAAAUGGACUACUUUUGUGCCACGGCAGUCAUUCUGUACUCCAUCUACCUGUGCUGUGUCAGAACCCUGGGUCUGAGGAGACCUUCUGUGUCCAGCAUGGUGGGAAUCCUACUCAUCUUGGCCUUCACCUCUCACGUCUCCUACUUGACCUUUGUCAGCUUUGACUACGGCUACAACAUGGCUGCUAAUGCCUCAUUUGGCAUGGUGAACCUGAUGUGGUGGUUAUGUUGGUGCUGGCAGAAUCGGCGGACGCUACCGUACUGGUGGAAGUGCGGGCUGGUGGUGCUGCUGCUCCACGGCCUGGCGCUGCUGGAGCUGUUGGACUUUCCCCCGCUCUACUGGGUCUUCGACGCUCAUGCUGUGUGGCACCUCAGCACCGUGCCAGUGCAUUUCCUUUUUUACAGUUUCCUGAUCGACGACAGCCUCUACUUGUUGAACACAGAGAAGAUGGGCGUCAAAGUGGAGUAGCCGGAGCUCUCUGCCCCGUCACCGUACCUGCACCCCUGCACCCCAUCCUUUGAGCCAGCUGAACAGCCGGCAGAAGUAGCUCCACAGCCUCUGAGAUGACAUCAUCAAAAAUUCAUCUUUAUGAAUUUUAUGUUUACGCCCUUGUCCUUUUAAAUAUAUAUAUUUUUUUUCUAUUUAUUAGCUUUUUUGGAAAAAUGACGGUCCUCACCGUGUGCUACUCUCCUGGUGCCGUUUGUACCCUCAUACUCAUGUGCCUCCCGAAACUGCUAGACGCUUUGACUGCGACACGACGAGCAUUUUGCUGUAGCUGACAAUAGGUGGCACCAAAGUGUCAUGAACUUUCUGCAGAGUCUGUGAGCGCGGACUGGGCCUCAUAGUAGGGAGGGGGGGGGGGGGGGGGGGGGGGGGUGAGUUGGGGCAGGUUUCUCUCGAGAGUUGGUUUCUGUUUGGAGGUGACUCGAACUAAUUCUCUGUUGUUGUUUUUUCUCUCUCCCAACAUCAUCACACUUUUUGCUUUUGUGCCUUUUGGGUUGUUUUUUUUUUCUCCUAUAGUUAACGAUUGCUUUGGAUUUUAUUGAUUUUCUUUGUGUCAACCAAACUUUAUUGUGCUUUAUUUUGUUUUUUUUUUGGACACUUUUAAUUCAAAUAUUUUUAAUUUGGGAGUGGGUUUAUAUGACGAUCACACUAACAUUUAACACACCUGGAUUGCCUUGCUGAGGGAGGUGGAGUUUCUGUUCAAUUCUCAGGUUACGGAAGCCAUGUGCUUGUAGAAGAAGGCGUUUGUUUGACGCGCGUCAUUUUGGUUUCCUGCCCUCACACAUCGGGACAAUCACGCUGAUUGACACAGAAAUUCCCACCUGCUUUUUUUAAAAAAAAAAAGGAAAAAAAAGAGAUUACUUGCUCAUUCAUGAAAACACUCGCUUUCUCAACGACACGUCUGCCUUACAUCAUGUUUUAGCCUUUUUUUUUUUUUUUUUUUAAAAGUUGAGCGUUCAUCCACUCUGUCCUCACCUCUCAGCGUUCUCCCUCCAUAUGACGAGCACUUUAUGAUCACACGUGUACAUUCACAUUCAGGUGUCUUUGUUUCAAAUCCUGCCUCUGCCUUUGUUUUACGGCGUGACGACGGGAACAAAGACCAGCGCGCGAGUGUGUGUGUGUGAUUGCUGGCAUUUGUGUUUUCACGUUGCCUUGAUGUCCUGGGGCCUUGUGUGUUUUUUUGUUUUUUUGUUGUUUUUUUUUGCAAUCAUGAACAGAGAUUUCUGUGCAUGCGUGUGUGAGAUUGUUCCCAAUCCUUUUGUAACAGUACAAGUGAGUGUGUUUGAGUGUGUGUGUGUUCCAGAAUGUGCCGCGUGAAUGUGUGCCAGACCGUUGGUAUAUUUAGCUUUGCUGACAGCCCAUGAUGGUGGGGGAGAGCAGCGGAGGUUAUCACUGACCCGGAGGACAGAAACAUUAAUAAACUCUCGGCAAUGAAAAUGCUUUAAAAUCAGUUAAAGAAAGUGUUGCGUUCCCUGGUUUAUAUGUCCCGGUGUUGACAAAAACAAAACAAAAAAAAAAA